UCCACCUGCAUUGACCAGGUCAACUCUUUUGGGGACAUUCUGCAGCUUGUUAUCGUUGAGCUGAUUUAUAAGGUAUGUCAUGCCAAUCCAGGAGAAAGAGCAAGAUUCAUCAGGUGUAUUUAUAAUCUACUGAAUUCUAGUAGCCCUGCUGUCCGCUACGAAGCUGCCGGCACCCUUGUCACCUUAUCUUCAGCCCCAACAGCUAUUAAGGCUGCAGCUAAUUGUUACAUUGAGCUCAUCGUGAAAGAGAGUGACAACAAUGUCAAGCUCAUUGUCCUGGAUCGUCUAGUGGCACUGAAGGACUCUCCACAGCAGGAGAAGAUCCUGCAGGAACUGGCCAUGGAUGUGCUCAGAAUCUUGAGCACUCCUGAUCUUGAAGUUCGCAAGAAGACCCUUAAUUUGGCACUGGAAUUAGUGACAAUGAGGUCUGUAAAUGAAAUGGUAGAAGUGUUGAAGAAAGAAGUUGGGAAGACCCAUAACACAGUUGAACACGAGGACACGGGCAAGUAUCGUCAGCUGCUGGUACGCACACUACACACAAUCAGUAUGAAGUUCCCGGAUGUUGCUGCAAAUGUGAUCCCGAUCCUUAUGGACUUCCUCUCAGACAACAAUGAACUUGCCGCAACAGAUGUAUUAGUCUUUGUUAGGGAGGCUAUUCAGAGGUUUGAGGGUCUGCGCUCCCAGAUCAUAGAUCGUCUGCUUGGUUCAUUAGCAACAAUCAGAUCUGUGACUGUGCAGUGUCAUGCACUGUGGAUUCUUGGAGAAUAUGCUUCAAGCACAGGGGAGAUUCUGGGUGUUGUAUCUGCCAUAAGGGGAAGUCUAGGAGAACUACCCAUUGUUGAGGACGAGAUGCGCAAGGCAGCAGGUGAAGCAGGAGAGGAUGAUGGCUCAGGGGACAAGGCUGGCCAACCACAGCAGCAACAGAAAGUCACAGCUGACGGUACUUAUGCCUCACAGUCGGCCUUCUCCACAACUACAUCCUCCCUCAAAGCCGAUGAUCGUCCACCACUUAGGAAGUACCUCCUUGAAGGAAACUUCUAUCUUGGUGCUGUCAUUGCUAACACCCUGGUUAAACUUGCUUUCCGCUACAUCUCACUGGAGGCUGAUGUUAAUAAGCAGAAUGCCUUCUGUGCUGAAGUGAUGCUUGUGAUUUCGUCCAUUGUGCACCUUGGAAAGUCAGGUCUGCCCCAGAAGGCCAUGACAGAUGAUGACUAUGACCGCAUGAUGCUCUGUCUACAGGUUGUGUCUGAGCGCACCCCCAGCCUGGCAUCAGUAUUCACAGUACAGUGUCGUGGUGCACUGUCCCACAUGCUGGCAGCCAAGUCGGAGGAGGAGGAAGCCCAGAGACGUGAUCGCAAGGCCAGCAAGGUGGUGGAACACGUAGAUGACCACAUCUCCUUCUCACGCUUAACCAAGGGCAGUGACCUCUCUUCAACUGAUGACAUGUUUGACCUCUCAAUGUCCAUGGCUGUUAGUGGAGGCAAGAAGGAAGGCAUUGACCUGAGCACAAGCAAAUUAAGCAAGGUUACACAGCUCACUGGCUUUAGUGACCCUGUGUAUGCUGAGGCCUACGUCCACAUCAACCAGUAUGACAUUGUCCUGGACGUCCUCAUCGUCAACCAGACCAAUGACACGCUCCAGAACUGCACCUUGGAGCUGGCCACUCUAGGGGACCUCAAGCUAGUAGAGAAGCCACAGCCUAUUGUCUUGGCACCACAUGACUUCUGCAACAUCAAGGCCAAUGUCAAGGUGGCCUCAACUGAAAAUGGGUUCAUCUUUGGAAAUAUUGUAUAUGAUGUCAAGGGUUCAACAAGUGAUCGCAAUGUUGUUAUUCUGAACGACAUUCAUGUGGAUAUUAUGGACUACAUUGUUCCUGCAACCUGCACAGACCUUGAGUUCCGCCAGAUGUGGCUUGAAUUUGAAUGGGAGAACAAGGUGACAGUCAACACUCAGAUGACCGAACUUAAAGCAUAUCUUGACUAUUUGUGUAAGUCCACUAACAUGAAGUGCCUGACACCAGAGAAGGCACUCACAGGGGCUGGUGACUACAUGGCAGCUAACCUUUAUGCACGCUCUAUCUUUGGCGAGGAUGCACUGGCCAACUUGUCUAUUGAGAAACCCUUAGACAACCCCGAGGCUGCCGUCACUGGACAUAUCAGAAUUCGUGCCAAGAGCCAGGGAAUGGCCAUCAGUUUGGGUGACAAGAUCAACAAGGUGCAGAAAGCUACAAUAAAAUCUGUAGGAGCCUAAAACCACCUUGAGACUUCCAGUGUUAUCCAGCGUUGUUAUAUUGAAAGAUCCGUAUUUUUAAGCAAAACAUACAUAUAAGAAUAUAUAUAUAUAUUAUCACUUCAUUCAUCUCCUUUUAAACUAAUAUGGAUAGAUUGAUCAAAUUUAAAAAGAAGCAAAAGUUUUGAUUUUUUUUCUUUGUUUUUUCUUCACCAUAGUGGAUGUGCAGGUUGGAUGUGGGACGGCAGGAUUAUUUAAUUUGUUUUUGUUCUGUUUGUCUUUAUAUUUUAACAGUACCAAUCACAGCUUAUUUUUUAGUAUGAAGUUCUGUUGUCAUUAGAUGUAUGAAUAAAGGAUGGUUUCUGUU